AUGGAUUUCGAUAUCAAUGAAUCUCUUAAAUAUUAUUUGAGUGACCCCUCCUCUGUUCCUACCCCGGAAGCAGACCCGGAGCUGCUGGACCGCGAAAAUGACCCUGAAUCGUUAACCAGUCCUGUGAUAAACGGGGUGCUAAAUCCCAUCGUCGACGCUGUAGCCGAAAACCCAGAAGGCCUGGGAAGAAGCAGCUUCUUCGACUCAUUACAAUUUCUUCUCAAGUGUGCCCCGACCUCUCGUGUCUCUCUACAAAAUAUCCAUCAGCAUGAACCAGACUCUGAACUCUCUAAACUAUCUAGAUUAUCUUCCCAGCUCCCGACAAAAGCCCUCAGCAAGAUUCUGGAUCUUGUUAUCUCGGGUCUUGCUGUCGAAGCCGAUAUUAUCCACCAUGAUAUGGAGUCCGACGAAUCCGAUACUGUGCAACACCAUAAACAGCUUCUGGAAAUGUACGCAUUCUUGCUGCAGUGGACAUUGUCUGCAGUAGAGACAAAACUGGCAGAAAAGCCCGCUAUAGCAGCCCAUGUGCGACGCGGGGCCGGGAAAUCAAAACCAAGGCCCUCUCCAAACGAUGAACGCUGGGACUCUUCCACCCAAAUCCAGACUGCCAUGGAAGUUAUGUGUAAAGUAUUGAAGCUGAAGCUGGGAAAAAUAUUCAUGACUACCUCUGAUCGUGACACAUUUGUGAACCUUUUUACCAGGACAAUAUACUUAAUUUUAGAAAGUGAGCAGCGGGUGAAGAGCAUGUCUAUUCGAAUGCAUGCAUUCAAAGUGCUGUGCAUUGCUGUUAAGCAUCAUGGCCAUGCUUUUGGAGCACAAACCUCCAUUGUCCAAAGCCUCACAUACUUUGAGCACCUUUCAGAGCCCAUGGCGGAGUUUCUUCAUAUUCUCGCUGAACAGUACGAUUAUCCGCAGUUGUCAGAUGAAAUAUUGAGGGAAAUUGGCAACAAGGAAUUCAAUUCGAACGACAGCAAGGGGCCGAAAUCGGUCUCAGCGUUUAUUAUCAGACUUUCAGAACUUGCACCUAGACUUAUAAUUAAGCAAAUGACUCUUUUGGCGAAACAACUUGAUAGCGAGGCUUAUACGUUGCGAUGCGCGGUUAUUGAAGUGUGCGGCAACCUGAUAUCAGAUUUAAGCAAGCAGGAAGAAAGAAAUGAGAACCACACAACGCAGAUUAACUCAUUUUUCGAGGUGUUAGAGGAACGAUUUUUAGACAUCAAUCCAUAUUGCCGAUGUCGUGCCAUCCAGGUUUAUAUGAAGCUUGCCGAACUGGACCAAAAAUUUCCAAAACGUCGACAAACGGCAGCGGAGCUUGCGGCUAGGAGUCUCGAAGACAAAAGUAGCAACGUUCGCAGGAAUGCAAUCAAAUUGCUGGGUAAAUUGGUGUCUACGCAUCCGUUUAGUGUAAUGCAUGGUGGUCAGCUUUCGUACAAGGAAUGGGAUGCGAGACUACAGGCUGUAGAUGCGGAAUUAAACUCGCUGAGGCCUCCUCCCGAGACACCUGGCCUCGGCGAAGAUGUGGAUGCCACCAACAUUGACAGUGAACUGCUUGACGAUGUUACGCAGAUGCCCGAUGACUCUCCCUCAAAGGCUCCAAGAAUGACCGAGGAACAGAAACAACAGGCUAUGAGAAUGGCCGCAGAAGAGGCAGCAACCUCAGAACUGCUCACAAGACUCCAACUGACCAGGAAAUAUUACCUUGAGGCAAUUCGAUUUAUCGAGGUCCUUCACCAUGCUUCACACAUCGUUUCACAGCUUUUGUCGUCCCGAAAUAAAAGCGAAGUGAUCGAAGCAAUGGAUUUUUUUGUCAUCAUUGAUGCUUACAAAGUUGAGACUGCCCGCGCUGGUAUUAGACGAAUGCUCCGCUUGAUCUGGACCAAAGGCAAUAGUGACGAGGGCAAAGGCGUUCAAAGCCAUUUAAUCGAUUGCUAUAAGGGUUUGUUUUUUGAGGCUCCGGACUCCUUUAGUUCUAACGAUGCUGCGAACUACAUCGCCCGCAACAUGAUCAGCCUCACUUUUGGGGCAACCCCCGCCGAGCUCACUUCGCUGGAACAGCUGCUCAGUACUAUGAUGAAAAUUGGUCAUAUUUCCGAUGUGGUUAUUGCCAAGCUAUGGCAGGUGUACAGUGUCCAGAAGAAAGAAAUCUCCAAGACUCAAAGGAGAGGGGCAAUUAUCGUUCUUGGUAUGAUUGCUCUAGCUGACCCUGAGGUUGUGGUGCGAGAGAUCGAAGCGAUGCUUCGCGUCGGCUUAGGAACCCUUGGAAGGGCAGACCUUGUACUCGCCAAAUACACAUGCGUUGCCCUAAAAAGAAUGAAAUCCGGUCGGCAGGCAAAGUCGAAGGAUGCCUCCUCUCCUAAGCUGUCGAAUGACCAUGCUGUACUGAGCAAACUAGCUGCAAUUAUCGAGAUUGACUCGGACAGCAAGGAGUGGUAUGGUGUUGCGGAACAUGCGAUUGGAGCGAUAUAUUCACUCGCGAAACACCCCGAUGCUCUUUGUUCUGAAAUCCUUCGCCGGAAAACCAGGUUUGUAUUUCAGCCACAUGCACGACCCUGUUCAUCUCAAGAUAAUACCAGCAUGGCCUCUUGUAGCUUGGAGGAGUCUCAAACCCCUAGACAAAAAAUGAGCUCUGUUCCACUGUCACAGUUACUUUUCAUAGUCGGCCAUAUCGCUAUCAAACAAAUCGUCCACCUUGAACUUUGCGAACUUGAUUUCAAACGUCGAAAGGCUGAGCAGGAAAAAAACAAAACUACAAACCAGGCGUUCCCGAAGAAGCAUGAGACGUCUGAAGAUGAUGAACUCGAUCUCAUUGGCGGCACCACAGAAGACGAUUUUACGGAAGCUAUGGCUCAUAUUCGUGAACGUGAGCUACUAUAUGGACCGACGUCACUACUUACCAAUUUCGGCCCUUUGGUUGCUGAGAUUUGCGCUAAUAAUAAUACUUACCCUGAUCGCAAUCUGCAAGCUGCCGCAACUCUGUGCAUGGCUAAACUUAUGUGCGUAUCGGGUGAGUAUUGCGAGAAGAACCUGCCUCUUCUCAUCACCAUAAUGGAACGAUCGGAAGACCCAAUAGUUCGAAGCAACGCUGUCAUUGCCCUCGGCGACAUGGCUGUCUGCUUUAACCACCUCAUCGAUGAGAACACCGAUUUUCUCUACCGACGACUUAAUGAUAGUGAUGUCUCCGUCAAACGGACUUGUCUGAUGACUCUAACAUUCCUCAUCCUAGCUGGCCAAGUGAAAGUCAAGGGCCAGCUUGGCGAGAUGGCAAAAUGUCUCGAGGAUGAUGAUAAGUGUAUCGCUGAUCUGGCGCGGAUGUUCUUUACCGAGCUGGCCACGAAAGAUAAUGCAGUCUACAAUCAUUUCGUUGAUAUGUUUAGCUUGUUGAGUACGGAGAAGAGCUUAGAGGAAGAUGCGCUGCGGAGAAUUAUCAAGUUCUUGGCCGGUUUUGUUGAGAAGGAUAAACAUGCCAAACAGCUAGCCGAAAAACUUGCGGCCAGAUUAGCCCGGUGUGAUAAUGAGAGGCAAUGGAAUGAUGUUGCAUAUGCCCUGUCGCUCCUGGCACACAAAAACGAGGAGAUCACCAAGACAAUCACUGCCGGGUUCAGAGUUGUCAAGGCAAAUGCCUAG